AUGGUUGUCUUACUCUUUGUGGGAGUUUUAAUAUGGUAUUCAGGAUCAACCGCAUUUUCUUUAUACCUGCAAGAUUUCUUAUACUCUGUACAAAAUAACUACAAAAGUAUCAGCAUUUUUAAAACCAUAUGCAUAGCCACGUUCAUUCAAUCAUCCUCUUGCUGGGUGGGAGCAAUAGUAUUCUAUACAAUUGCACGUACGUGGGCUACUAAAUCAAAGCUUCUAUUAUCGAUUUUCGCUCCUGAUAAUGUGAUUGCGUCAUCCAAUGAUAUCGAAAAUGCUCAUACAACAAAAUACUUUUUCAUUGCUGCUGGCAUUCUACACGCAAGCGGAGUACUGGUGAUGAAUUUAACGCUGGCAUUGUCAAAUAUCCCAUGUGUUCAUACAAUUCGGUGCUUAGAACCUUUAUUGGCUGGUUUAUUCGUGCAUUUUACACAGGUUUCUAGUACUCUUAACCAAAGUAGCAAUGGUACGAUAGUUAAUAACACGCAAUAUUGGAUAUCGAUCCUAGUAAUGCUAUUCGGCGUUGCAUUAGCAACAUUCCGGGGUGGACAAUGCACUUCAUUGGGAUUUACGAUAUCACUCGGAAUGAUAACAAAUAUACUAAUGAUUACUCGUAAUGUAUGUAUUCAACGUAUUAGUAGACAAUAUGACUCCUUGUUGGCACAAUGUGUAGUGUAUACAAUUAGCACAGUCGUCACAAUUUUUAUUUUACUGACGAGCAACAUUUUCAACUUUCCAUUCAAGCAAUAUGUAUUUGUAUUAUGCUUAAUAGGAAUUUUCAGUUUCAUUUAUCACAGCACAUCAAUAGUUAUAUGCUCUAUGGUAACACUAGUAGCACACAGUUUGUUGAUGAUUUUCAAAAGAUUGAUAUUAAUCGUAGUAGCUGCAAUUUAUUUUCGUUCACGUCUCAACUCACCAAUGAUCGUUGGAAGUUUAAUUGCUGCCUUUGGACUAAUACUUUAUAAAGUCGAUAAGGAGACAUUAAAAAAAACAUUAUAUCGGACUCGACAAUUUAGUAUCGGUGUUGUUUUCAUCCUUUUGAUACUUUGCACAGGAGCACUGGUAUCACGAGUAUUUAAUUUUGGAAGUGCCAAAAAUGCUUUCUCAUUGAGAAGCAGUCCGAUGAGGACAAACUUUUCACUUUUCUACUGGAAAAUGAGUGGUGCAAACGAGAAUUUCGGCGAUAAAUUGUCUCAUAUACUUCUAAUGUCUAUUGUCGGACCUAAUCUCUCACUCAUUACAGCGGAAGAGCAGAGCGCAUAUUGUAAAACACCAAAACUAUUGGCAAUAGGUAGUAUAUUUCAAUUUUCGUGUGAAAAUGAUGUGAUAUGGGGUUCAGGUGUCCUGGAUUCCGCCACGUUUCCAAGUAAAUCAUAUUCAAAAAUCAUGCGAACACUUGAUAUCAGAGCAGUUCGUGGGCCAAGAACGAGACAAUUUCUCAUGUCUACUUUCAAUAUUUCGGUGCCUGAAGUAUAUGGCGAUCCAGCCUUACUUUUACCGUACUAUUUAACAGGAUAUAAAAAAGCGUCGAUACCUACUAUUUUGAGACUCCUCAUAUUACACUUUAGAGACGACACAAGAGGACCCAGUAUUGCUGGAAAUACGCCAAUCGUAACUAUCAAUGCCUGCCUUCCAUGGGAUCAAAUAAUCAACUUAAUUCUUCAGAGUGAGCUCGUAAUAUCAACGUCAUUGCAUGGAAUUAUUGCAGCUGAAGCAUUCGGCGUACCGGCUAGAGUCUUAGUAUCACCUCAUGUUGAAUUAUUUAAAUUCCAUGACUAUUUUGAAGGCACACAAAGAAAACUUCGAUAUGCAAACAACUUGAGCGAAGCGAUCCAAAUGGGUGGUGAAAUCCCAAUGAAACUUGAUUUGACAAAACUACGAAAUGCAUUUCCUAUGGAUAAAUUUGAAGCUAAAUCGUAA